GCCGCGUCCAUGGAGUACGUCGUGAGAAGGCAUGAUCUGUUGGAUUUUUGUAAGCGAUGCAUGGUCAAGGUCGGAGCUCCCGUUGAUCAUGCUGUCUCUCUGGCAGAGGUUGUUGCAGAUGCUGACAGUAGAGGCCAUUACAGUCACGGUUUAAACAGGCUACGUUUCUACAUAAAAAGUUAUCAAUUCCUCAACCAGAAGGAACACCAAGAACCUAUUGUUGUCAAGGAAUCCGUAGCAACGGCUCUUGUUGAUGGAAACAACAUGUUAGGGCCAGUGGUUGGCAGAUUUUGUAUGAAUCUCGCCAUGAGGAAAGCCAGGAGCACGGGUGUGGGGAUGGUGUCAGCUUAUAGAUCGAACCAUUUUGGGAUUGCUGCUCAUUACAGUAUGAUGGCGAUGAAGGAGGGACUUAUAGGAAUCGCAUUAUGCAACGCAACACCUACAGUUGUCCCGACCAGAGCGAAACAGGGUGUGUUCGGCACCAACCCGAUCAGCGUGGCUGCCCCAGCCAACAACGCCGACAGUUUCGUCCUAGAUAUGGCGACGUCAACUGUAGCCUUCGGAAAGGUUGAGAUAAAACAUCGUCUCGGGGAGCCAAUCCCUGAGGGCUGGGCUGUUGAUGACAAUGGACAAUCGACCACAGAUGCUGAUACGGCCCUAACAAGUAGAAAGCUGACUCCUUUAGGGGGGCAUGGAACAGACCAGUGGUUACAAAGGCUACGGUUGGCUAUGAUACUAAAACUGAAGAUCAAUUAUAUAGCGUUCGUUUAUUUAUGUGGUUACAAAGGCUACGGUUUAGCGAUGAUGGUAGAAAUGUUCAGUAGCGUCCUCAGCGGAUCCAACUCGAGUCCCGAUGUGAGACAUCCCAGUCCGCAACAAGAGACGAAUCUGGGUCAGUGUUUCCUGGCUAUUGACCCCGGCGCCUUCGCUCCUGGUUUCGAGGACAGGAUGAGUCAGAUGAUUGACCACUGCAGAGGACUACAGCCGGCUGAAGGAGAGACGGAGGUUUUGGUAGCCGGUGACCCAGAGAGAAACCACACAGCGAUGUGUGACAAACGAGGAGGCAUACCGUACCAAGAAUCCCAGAUCCAUUACGCUGACGACAUUGCAAAGGAGUACGGCGUCGAUCCAAUGAAAAGAAACCAAGGUUCUACAGAACAUGAUAAGACAAGCUGAAGAGAGUAACCAGCGAGCUUCGAGAAAUUACAUAUUGUCUGUCCGGAGUGAAUGAAAGAUGUUAAUCCCGGACCCUUUCAGUGUCUGACUCUACCCUAUUUUGCAGACACCCCAGUUUUGCAGACACUCCAAUUUGAAGACACUUACCUAAUACGGGAGUAACAAAUCCUGAACCAAUUAAGUCUGCGACUAUCAACUGAACUCUGCACUCUCUCAUUGCCACCUUAAUCUAUUCCGUUAUAAUUUAACCAUAAAGGGCAUUAAUACGGGAGAGAGAUCAAGUUUGCCCAGCUGAAUCUUGGUGCCUUUCCCCAUUUUGUGAGAUAGACAGCUUCUAUGGACGACCGAAGGAACAGUUUGUUUGACUGAAGACCCGACUUCAUUAGCAAUGUUUUGAAAUCUGAACAGUUUGCAUGUUAGUUGUCUGUUGUAAUUAAAUAUGAAUUUCUCA